GAAGAAAAUUAUAUCAUGUUAGAAAUAAACAUUAAAAUAAUAUAAAAACAUACAAAUUAAUUGGAACUUUGAUUAUCCACAAGAUUAUUUCUUUCCAAUUCUAAUAAUACAAUUGACAAACAUAUGCAACAAUACAAAUAUAUAUUACAAAUAAUAGUAGAACUCUGUUUAUCAGUUUAUGUGUGUAUUUUCUCAAAACUAUUUCCAUAUUUGGUUGAGGCCAUGGAACUGGGCCAAACCUAAAAGGAAGGCAAUAUUGGGCCUUGGAUUGAUAUGAGAUGGCAACAUCCUAAUCAUAGUUGAUUUAUUUUGGUGGGAAAUAUUUUGAAGGACGGUUGCUUACUUCGAUAUAUCAUCCAGAUUCAGUUAUUUUCAGAUCCCAAAAAAAAAAAAAAAAUUGAAAAAAUGAAAUACUGAGAAGAAUCUUUUCUUCUGGCUAUUGUUUUGCAGGCUAUGGACAAAUGGUUCUGGAGCAAACAAUUAGAUUUUCUAGCCUGAUAAAGAUCAAAUGGGAAAUGUGAUUGAUUCAUUCUUUUCUGGGUUUGGUAAAGUUGUUGGCAACCUUUUUGGUUCCCCAUUAGAUUUCCUGGCCGGAAAGUCUUGCAGCUCAGUCUGCGGCUCCACAUGGGAUUUCAUUUGUUACAUCGAAAAUUUCUGUGUGGCCAACUUGCUUAAAUUGCUCUUGGUAUUUCUUCUGCUCUACAUUGUUCUCUUAUUCAUCUACUUAUCAUACAAAUUGGGCAUAUGCGAGUGUGUGUGCCGGAGCCUAUGCAGAAUGACAUGGGCAUGUUUUGCUUUUAGUGCAUAUUCUUGUGACUACUUGUGCACUUUCUUAUGGGUCAAACUCCUUUCGGUCAAAAGAAGGAGACGAAGACGAGGACGGGAAAGAGACCUCGAAGUGUUUGAUAAAAGUUCUAGCAGUAUUGAUGAAGAAGAAAAUGGCGGAAGUUUGUGUGACUAUGGUUCUAAUCAUCAUAAUAAUCACCACAAGACUAGGAAGAGGUCGUUAUCUCGUCCAAGGAGGAGGGAUUACAAAGGUGCCCAUUUGAAGAAGUCGUUGAGGCCUAGGAGCCAUCGAGUUGGGAUUAGAAAUAGAGAUUUGGGUUUUCAUAAAAAUGGCACUCGAAGAAGUCUUGUUAAAGAUCACGGUCAUCUUCAUCACCAUCGUGAUGAUUCAGGAGAUCAUUCCAUUAGGGUUAUUAGGACCUCAAAAUUUGUUCGUAAAGGAACAAUCUCUAAGGGAAGAGGAGUUUAUAAGAGAAGGUAGGGACAGUUCAUUUCAUUAUGUUCUCUACUGGUAAAUAAUAUGCUAGUUUAGUUAUGAUGCCUCUGCUGGUAGUUUGUAUGAUAUUUCUUAGAUAAAUGGCACAAUUUGUUUAAAUUAUUAUUGUUUACAUUUUAAAUUAUUUUUUUUAAAUGUAAAAAAAAUAUUUU